AUUCAUUUUCCAUAUUUCUUUUUCUGAUCUCAGUUUCACGUCAACUGUUGGGGUAUCGAUUCUCUGGUAGGAUGACAAAAAUGGAUGGAAUAAGGGAAUAUACCCUUUUCUGUGGUCUGAAUAAUAGCUACCAUAAAUGCCACUUUGCUGGAAGUGGGGAUCCAAAGACUAGGGUUUCUGUAAUAUUUGCCACUUCUUUCUACCACUCCUUACACUUUCUCUUCUUUAAUUACUUCAACUUGAAGAUAGUUGGGCUUGACCAGAAAUUUAACCCCUUUUUUGGGGGGGUUUAUGUCUUCUUGAUUAUAUGUACAUAUAGGAGAUGGUGAGGGGAAAGGUUCAACUGAAGAAGAUUGAGGAUACAACAAGCCGUCAAGUGGCGUUUUCAAAGCGUCGAAGUGGUCUUCUAAAGAAAGCUUACGAGUUAUCCGUUCUUUGUGAUGCAGAAGUGGCUGUGAUAGUCUUCUCACAGAACGGAAGGCUCUAUGAGUUCUCAAGUUCUGACAUGACGAAGAUUUUGGAACGAUACCGAGAAUAUACCAAAGAUGUUCCUGGCAGUAAGUUUGGAGACGAUUAUAUUCAGCAACUGAAGUUAGACUCCGUAAGCAUGACAAAGAAGAUUGAGCUUCUUGAACAUUCUAAAAGGAAGCUGCUGGGACAAAGCGUGAGUUCUUGUUCUUUUGAUGAACUCAAAGGAAUUGAGGAGCAGCUGCGGACAAGUUUGCAAAGAGUCAGGCAGAGAAAAACUCAACUAUAUACGGAACAGAUUGAUCGACUACGAUCUCAGGAGAGUAACUUGCUCAAAGAGAAUGCUAAAUUAAGUGCAAUGUAUCAGAGGGCGGAAAGGUCAUCCCAGCAGCAAUGGCCUAGACACACACAAGCAGAAGCAGAACCCCACUGUUCAAGUAGCCAGAGUUUAGAUGUGGAUACAGAACUAUUUAUUGGACUUCCGAAGCAGCAGUGCUGAUUAUAUGUACAUAUUUAAUCUACUAAUCAUUUUGCAAGAUGACAAAUCUCAAUGUUGUCUCGCAAAAUAUCCUUUCCUUAGUGUGAAAUCUAAUAAAUCUCUAUCCUUCUCAAUAUAAUUCUUUAUUAUAAUCUGGGCUGGUUUGAAUUAUUCAGAUAAAUAAGAACAAUAUUGCAAAAGAGCAAAUGUAUAUCCCGUAUAUAAAUUGAGAAGACAGGCACAUGGAUUGGAGUCUUUUCAACAUUUAUCAUUCAAAAUCUGUAUAUUUUUCGUUUACUUAAUCGUAGUAAUGUUCAUUAAUUCUGUGUA